GCAGAAGGGCGCGCCACGUACAUCCUCCUCCGUACUUCGCGCACAGGCACGUGCAAGCACAGAUGGACAUGCACGCACUGGCGCACGUUCGUACGAGACUUGCGCAACAAGAGUCCGAGUUUCGAACUGGCGUUGCCCCUCCACUUCACUUCCCCUGACUGUUCUCCACCCCUUGGUGGUGCUGUAGAGCAGGAAGAACAACCCUCAGCAUCUCUCAAUCUCAGCGAUGGGAGGAACCUGCCCUCUUCUCGCGUCCUGUUGUCAUCCCUCCCUCUCUCUCUGGGCAGGCCUGGUUCCUUUCCGGUGGGUGACGACCGUCCCCACCCCAGCCAAACUUGAAUAAAAACAAUCGCCAUUCAUCCGUGUCCUCACACACCGAUCAGACGAAAUUUUUUCGCAGAAGAAAUCUCAGGAACUUUCUGGUCAAAGAAGAGAAAAAUUAUUGUGUGAAAUUUUGUCGUUGCUCGCAUCCUCUUUUCCAUACAUCGUCGCAGCCUGCACAACAGCCAGGCAGCUGGGAGUAGGGAGGGAGAGAAGGAGGGAGGGGAAGAUAAUGGGCUCGCCUGGCUUGAGCGACGAUAGAUGCUGAGGACAUUUCCUAUCAGACGAGCUGCGAUCCGCUCGGAAUAAACGAUGCCGAGGGCUGUUGUCUUGUGCCACUGACAGGGAUUAUCACCCACCGCCAGCCUCUGGACCACGUUUUCUCACAACAUUCGUUAAGAGCAGCAGCAACAUCCAGACAUGAUGGUGGCCAUUCCAUUACUUGUCGUCUGCUCCUUGGUCUUUGUCUCAGCCAGCGCCCAGAGAGCCAACGGCAAAACAACGAAAUCCCCGGGCCCCAACAUGUGCAUGGUGCAGCAAGUGAUCGGCACCAACGAGAAGUUCUUCACGCACUGUGUGGCCCAACAUCUCAAGAUGAUCUGCGAGCGACCCACGUUCCUCAGCUGGGACUGCUGUUCUGGCUACGAGAAGGAGGAAGGAAAGGUUGGUUGUACAAAAGUGAAACCGUUGGGGAACCUGCUGGAGACGGCCGGAGACUUGGGGCUGUCGCAGUUUUCCCAGCAUGCUGAGCGCAACAAUCUGUCCCACACCCUGCGCCAUGAGGGCGCCUUCACGGUCUUCGCCCCCGCCAAUGAAGCCUUCGCCCAGACGACUCCCUACGAGAGAAGCCUGCUGAACCCCGCUCACGGCAGCCAGUCCUUGUUGCUGUACCACGUGGCCCCGGGGAAGCUGACGCUGGACACGUUCCACGCACGUAGUCAGAACUUCGUCACGUUGUACGAGGACAAGAGAAUCAGGGUCAACAAAUAUGCUUACGGGGUGGCAACGGUAAACUGCGCACGCAUCAUACGAGCUGAUGAAACGGCCACCAACGGAAUAAUUCACGUCAUCGAUGAGGUGGUCAAGCCUCUGGACCUCCAGGGUAACCUGGCGGAGCGGAUAUUCUCAGACGACAAGUACUCGCAGUUCCAGCUGGCGCUGUUCGUGGCCGACAUGAUCAACCAGCUGCACCAGACGGACCGAACCUUCACCGUGCUGGCCCCCACCGACCAGGCAUUCGCCAAGCUGCCCAGGGAGAUCCUCGACCUCAUCCUCACCGACGCCAACACCGCAGAGAAGGUGAUCAAGCGUCACGUGGUGCGCGGUGUGUACUGCGGUGACGCCAUCGUGGUGUCGGUGGGGCUCAAGACGCUGGACGACAGCCGCGUGCUGUUCCGCUGCACACGCAACGGUCUCUACGUCAACGGCGCCCGCGUGGUGGACCGUGACCUCCUGGCCACCAACGGGGUCAUCCACGGCAUCGACAGGGUCCUGCUGCCGGACUCAGUGCGGCAGCCCACCGACCUGCUGGACGAGAUGAAUGUGAAACAGUUCAUGGCGCUGGUCCGGCGAGCGGGGCUGGAGCACAAACUGAACAACGUCUCCAACGUCACCAUCUUUGCCCCCACGGACAAGGCGCUGGACGAAUUGCCGAGCUCGGCGCAGGCAGCGCUCACCAGCGACCCCCUGGCGGUGGACAAGCUGCUGGACUAUCACAUCGUCAAGGGACGAUUGACUGAGAACAGGCUCAUCGGCGACCUUGCCCUCGACACGGGGCUGUCGGCCAAGAUCAAGGUCACCGUUUUCAGGAAUGGUGUGGCGGUUAACAACGCCAAGGCAGUGGGUCCACCUCGUGAGUGCGACAAAGCUUUGAUCCAAAAAGUGGACAAGGUUCUGGUGCCCACUGAGAACACCCUCAUGGAUCUCAUCAACAACGACAAGGACCUCAGUAUUUUCCAACAAGCGAUGGAAACAUCUGGAAUGUCGGAGACUCUUUUGAGGGACGGCAGCUACACGGUGCUGGCUCCCACCAACAUGGCCUUUUCUUACCUGAACCAGUGGCGGCUGGACGAAAUGUUGAACGACCCUGAGCGAGUGAAAAAGUUUGUGGACCGCCAUAUCAUCAACCGCAUGAUCGUCAAGUGCGAGAUCCCAGAACAAGGCACCUACGGCAUCGCCUCGCGCCAGGGGGACCUCACCGUCUUCACUUACGACACGCGGAACCAGCUGCUGGUCAACGACCUCAUCAACGUCGACUCACCUGACAACAUGGCCGUCAACGGCGUGCUGCACAAGGUGGCCGACGUCCUCAAAUGCUCCUGUGAGUUGGGUGUCACCAUGUCCACCCGCUACCAACAUCGCACAAGCAGUCGGCGCCAUUUCCAUCGCUUACGUUACUAAGACAACUGCAACGAUGAUGUGCACACCACAGAACGCUCAGCACAUGGUGUUAGUUGUUGUUAUUAUUAAUAUUAAUUUUAAUUCUUACUAUUACUACAACAAACAACACUUGCUGGUCCGUCGAGAGGAAAAAAUUCCAAGACAGACCUUCAGUCUCCCCUUCUCCACGUGUGUCACGUGACUAAAUGACGUAGCAUUUGAAACCGGAAGUUUACACAGCAUCUUCAGUUUUGCUUGCGAAGGCAACCAUUGGACAUCUUGGUAUCAUAAAUCAGCAAAACUUUGGUUGCUGCUUAUUUAAUUUUAUACGUUUUUUUAAAGUCAAAAAUCAAGACUUUGCGAUGUAUGUGUGUAUGUCAGUGCAUAUGUAAGUGCCGAUGUAAGUGUACAUGUAAGUGCAAGCUUCGAAUGGCGUGCUUUGCGUAAGGUUUAGUCUCGUUUGCGAAGACAUUAAAGACAGGCGAAUUAAUACUUC